AUGGAUAACGUAACAGAAAAAUUAGUACAAUGUUUUGGUUACAGAAAGUUCAAAAGUGAACUUCAAGAGAGAGCUGUAAGAGCAAUUGCUCGAGGUGUCCAUGAUGUGUAUGUUUCAAUGCCUACUGGCUCAGGGAAGUCCCUUUGCUUCCAAUUGCCAGCUAUGUUACAGGACAACAAAAUUGCCAUUGUUUUUUCCCCUCUUCUAGCUUUAAUAAAGGAUCAGAUUGACCACUUAACAAAACUUAAAAUACCUGCAGAAUCCAUUAAUUCUAAAAUGUCAACAAAGGAUAGGGAAAGAGUCUUAAAUGAUCUUCGCAGUAUGAAGCCAAAUACAAGAUUUUUAUAUGUUACACCAGAGCAAGCAGCUACAGGAACUUUCAAAGCUCUUAUAGAGCAUCUAGUCAAGUACAAAAAAGUUUCAUACAUAGUGGUAGACGAGGCUCACUGUGUCAGUGAGUGGGGCCAUGAUUUUCGUCCGGAUUAUUUAAAAUUGGGCGAUUUAAGAGAGAAAUUUAAGAGCAUACCAUGGGUUGCUUUAACUGCUACUGCAAGUGCAGAAGUAACUAAAGACAUAAUGUCAAAUCUUAAGUUUUUGCAACCAGUAGCGCAGUAUAAAACUCCAAGUUUUAGAAGGAAUCUCUAUUAUGAUGUUGUGUUUCAAAAUUGUAUUCAAGAUGAGAUAGGAGAUUUGGUUGACUUUUUAAAGAAACAUUUAAAAGAUGAUGACAAUGUUAAAGCAAAAGACAAGAGUGCUGCUAUUAUAUAUUGCCGAACACGAGAACAGACUGAAGAUAUAUCUAGCAUGUUAACAAAAAGAGGUUUUAAAUCAUUAGCUUAUCAUGGCGGAUUAAAAACUUCAGACCGUAUAUCAGUUCAAGAGCAAUGGUCGAAUGGGGAGUGCCCAUGCGUUUGUGCUACUGUUUCGUUUGGAAUGGGAGUUGACAAGGCAACUGUACGUGUUGUAGUGCAUUGGGGCUUGCCACAAAAUGUUGCAGCUUAUUAUCAGGAGUCGGGAAGAGCUGGGAGAGAUGGCAAACCAGCUUUUUGUCGUAUUUACUACUGUCGAAGUGAACGAAAUGCGGUAGACUUUUUAUUGAAGUCUGAGAUAGGUCGCUCCAAGACUCCAGAACAGAAGCAGAGGUGUAAAAACGCCUACAAGAGUUUCGAAAUUAUGGUCAAAUACUGUGAGGAAGUGAAGUGCCGGCACAAGGUGUUCGCUGACUACUUCGGCGAGGAGGUGCCGCGCUGCGUGUCGCGCUGCGACGCGUGCGCCGACGAGCGCGGCGUGCGGCGCGCGCUCGACCAGCACCUGCGCCGCGCCAUGAGCGCCACGCUGGGCUCGCGCGGGAUGGUCUCGCACGCGGACUGCUCCGAGCUGUACGGGGAGGGGCGUCUGGGCCAGAUGAGGGAGACAGAAUCUUACUACGGAAAUAAAAGUGAUGAUUCGGAUAGUGACGGUAGUCGUCGCCGUGUUGCUCAAGAAACAAAAUCUCUCAUAUUACAAGAAUUUGCAAAUAGAAAAAAGAACCUUGAAAAAGAUAGAAAUAAAAAUGCAGACGCUGAAUCAGCUAAAUACUCAAAAUGUCAAGCGGCUGACAGUACUGGAAAAAAAGUGAAUGGUUUAACAGUCGCUGUACGAGAGAAUUAUCUUUCACUACUCACAGAUGCUUUAAGAAAUAACCUUAAAAAUUUAAAAGGCAUUGAUGAACCAGAGAAUAAUCUAUCUGAACGGGAUAUCGAACGGUGCGCAAUAGAAUUGGAGUAUGAUGCCUUUUCAAAUAGUACCGUCAUUAGUCUCUACAGACGAGCAAUGGCUAAACUGGUAUCAUCUGUUAAAUCUUGUAAGGAUAAUCUGUUUCCGAAACUCAAAAUUUUUGAACCGAGAAAGAAACAUUCACUUGCCGAAUUUGUGAAGGACUUCGAAAAAGAAUAUGGAGAUCCUCAUAAAUAUCACGGUUUUAUAUCUGCAUCAGAAUUAGAAAGUGAAAAAGAAUGUAAAACUGAGCGAAUGUCACUUUCAAAGGCUGAUAAGGAAACGCAACGUAAAGCAAACUCUUUUAAAAGAGACCCUUUAACACAAACUAAAUUACAAAAUUUUUUUUCCGCAAAAUCGUCUGAAGAAUCUCCUAGUUUACCCUCUGAUGGUAGUGAUGAUGAUGGAGGGCUUGUUAUUGCAGAAAAUAGCAGUCCUGAUCAAGGAGACUCUACGUUUAAGAUAGAUCAAACAGAUGAUUUCUCAAAUGUCGAUGACAACGACAAAACAAUAAAAAUUGAAACAGAAGAAGAUCAUAAUUCCAGUAAAAAACAAAAUACAAAAACUUUGUAUAUUAAUAUAACUUUGCAGGGUAUUCCUAAACAAAAUUCAGAUAUAGAUGUAAAUAAAACUGAAAAAAAUACAAAGCAAAUGUCUUCUGAGAAAUCAACACCAACAGCUAAAAGAAAAAUCAAAGAUCUUUUUGGAGACUCGUCUGAUAGUGAAAUUGAGUUAAGAGAUGCAAAAAGAUAUAAAAAGUCCAAAGAUAAGUUAGUUCAAGAAUCUGAAAGUGAAAAGACAGAAAAAUUAAAAAUUGAAAAGUCCAGGCGAAAACACAAACAUAAAAGGUCAACACAUUCUGAAAAAAGUCAUGAAAAAGUUUAUGAAAAAACUAUUAGCCAAAAUGAUUCUGCUCAUGAUGCAACACAUAAUGUAGAUCAUAAAACAACGCAGUUACACACUGAAUCUGAAAAUAACCAUGAUAAUAUUAGAAAACAAAAUGACGUAGAUAAAAACAUUGAAUCAAAGAAUUCGUAUGAUUUAACAAAUGAUGAUAGUAAAUUAGCAUUCCCGGAAACUAAAGAUAAAUAUGGUGAUGAUACAUCUAUGGAUAAGGCAUAUAAAUUAAGCUUAGAAGCAGAUAAAGUAUUAAAAGAGCUCAAACAUUUCUCCGAAAUUAAACGAGACCCGGAAAUAGAUCAAACAAUUCCAGAUGAUGCUAAAAUAUGUGAUUCUAAAAAUGCGGUUACAGUAUUAAAAUCUCCUACUAAGCACGGGACUAAAGAUAAGUACGAGACUAACAAAAAGCAUAAUCUAAAAAAAAGUGAUGAUAUCAAACAUACUAAAAUGCACAAAGAUGUAAAAAAAGAAUGUGUAAAUAAAGAUAAAAGUAAAGCUAAACACAUAAUUAAAGAAAAAAAUAAAGAAAAGAAAGCGGAAAAAUUGGACGUCGCCGGCUUAGUAGUUAAACUAUUAAUGCCGUAUUAUAAAAAGAAAAAAAUUAGUAAUAGGGAUUUGUUUAAGAUUACCGCUAGGCAUAUUGUUCACCAAUUACUCGCUAUACAAGUGACAGAGGAAGCAGCGAUUAAUAUGUUAUUGAAAAAAACCUUCAGUACAAUUACUAUUGAAAAAGAAAGUGAUUUGGAAGCAAAGUUAAAAUUGAGUAAAUGACUCAUAAUUUAUUAAAUGUAUAAUAUCUUUAUUGUUAAGCACUAUCGAGUAUGAUUCAACAAUUAUUAUUAUUCUGAGAAGUUUAAAUACAUUAAUUAUUUUUACAA